AUGGACUUUGAGCUCUCCGACACGUCUUCAGAGCUCAGCUCGCUCCCGUCGACGCCUCCGUCAGAGGACAGUCUCUAUCCCUCUCCGCCGGCAUCUCAGUUGUUCCAGGUUCAGUCCGCUGCCGCGUCGUCGACGGCCGCUGAGGAGGUGGUGGUGGAAUCUGCGCCGGUACGCAAGAAGCGGAAGAUUGAGCCGAAGCCCAGAAUCACCAGACAUCUCGACCUCACGCACCCAGACAAGUACGUCUGUCCAGGCCAGGAAGAGCAGCUUCAGACGCUGCUGAGGACGCUGCGUGGGCAUCGUAAGAUCGUGGUGGUGGCGGGCGCUGGCAUCUCAGUCUCUGCCGGAAUACCGGAUUUUCGGUCAUCUCAUGGCCUGUUUACGACGCUGAAAAAGGAUCAUAAGUUGAAAGCGUCGGGGAAGCAGCUGUUCGACGCAUCGGUUGUCUACCAAGAUGAAUCUAUGAUCUCUUCUUUCCAUGAUAUGGUGCGGACGCUGUCGAAGCUGUCUGCAUCCGCAAAGCCUACUGCAUUCCACCAUCUACUCGCUCGUCUGGCACAGGAAGGACGGCUUCUACGCUUGUAUACCCAAAAUGUUGACGGGAUCGAGGCCUCCCUGCCACCGCUGGAGACCAAAGUACCCCUAGAAGUAAAGGGGCCUUGGCCGAUCACUAUCCAGCUCCACGGCGGCCUACACACGAUGGUCUGCCAAAAAUGCAGCAAUGCUUCCAGUUUUGAAGCAGAUUUGUUUAAGGGACCUGACCCACCGCUCUGUGGAGCAUGUGAGAGGAACGAGGAAACUAGGACCGCCGGGGGACAGAGGAGCCGUGGUAUCGGCAAAUUACGGCCUCGUAUGGUGCUAUAUAACGAGUACAACCCAGAUGAAGAGGCCAUAGGCUCCGUGGUCAGUGCUGAUCUACGCGCGAGGCCUGAUGCGCUUGUGGUGGUCGGUACCAGUCUCAAGAUCCCCGGUGUACGACGCAUCGUCAAGGAAAUGUGCCGUGUCGUGAGAGGCAGGAGAAACGGCACCACCGUUUGGAUCAACCACGACCCGCUCCCUUCUGGAAAGGAGUUUGAAGACUGCUGGGAUCUGGCAAUCAAGGGUGACUGUGACAAGGUUGCACUCCAUGCUGGCCUCAAGAGAUGGGACGACAAGGGUGAGGAUGAUGGCCGCUCCUUCAAUGAAUGCACUGAAGAGGAGUUCGACCGCGCCAAGUCAGGCAACGCCGAAAUAUCUGUGGUCAUCACACCCCAGAAGCCUGUCAAGUUCGCCAAUUUUACAAAUGGCAUGCCUACGCCAUCUUCCAGUUCCGAAGACUCCCUCAACCCCGGCAAACGGUCACAGAGCCCGACCCCCAGCGCUCCUCCCAAACAAAAUGGUGCCAGGACCAAGAUGGUCAAAAAGCCCAGCCAGCCACGGAAGCCCAGAGCGAAGAAGACGAAGGCUGCAGAUGCUUCUGCUAAGACUGUUCCGCUUAACAAGUCGUUCCCGAGCAGGAAGCCUACUGCUGCCAAAGAAUCCAAAGUGGUAAAAGAGCCAUCCCGUUGCAAGAUAGAAGACGUCCUGAAUCCGAUUCCUCCCGAGUCUGCUCGAAGCAACGGCCCGGCGCCCCUGGAGCUGGAGACGAAGGAGAAUAAUAAUAAUAAUGUUGUUCAUCAUAGCUAA